AUUGCUAGUUAGAGUCAAAAAGACAUUGCUCAAGUUUUCGUCAGGAGCAAGAAAAUUCUGCGAGCUUGAAAGAAGACCCAAGAAGACUUCACGAGAAGAACAACGAAGCAUAAAAUGGUAAUCACGUUAAAAUUUACUUUUUGUUUGGCUUUGAUCCUUUAUGGAAAAGAUUCAAUGGGAAAACCUUUAACACCAGAAGAUGUGGAGGGCUUGCUUUCACCAAUUCCGCGUGAUAAGAACGAAACAAUAGCUGCAAUUGUUCAGGAUCCAGUUGUCCAAGAUGCUGUACACCACGCAGUCAGCAAUGGAUCUCUAAAUGGAUUGGUCGUUAAAAAGAACGUUUACAUAAUGCCAGCUACCAAUCCCAAUCUGAUACUUUCCAAACGGGAACAUCUUCUUGUUGUUCCCACUGAAAACUUGAAAGACGUACGAAAAAAUAUUACAGAGACCAAGGAAGCAGAGGCUGAACAAUCCUUCUUGCUAGAAAACCAAACAUUCUUCAAAGACAACGCAAGUGAAUAUACGCCAGAGGGAAACGAAAGCAGAUCAGAAGAAAACCAAAAUGAGUCAUUCUCGGAACAGAAAAUGAACCAAUCGAUGGCAUCGAAUGAGAAACGCAGAAGCGAAACUAAAUUUUUAGAAGAUACUCUUAGUCAUGGAGUUGCGUUGUCGGAAGACUCAGCUUCGAAGAAGGUGGCUGUUCCCAUUGUCGCGGUCAUCAAUCCCUCGAACGCUGAAAAGGGCAAAGUAUAUAGCCCUAUCGUAGCCAUUCUGCCUAACCAAGUUAAAAAUGACGAAUUAAAUAACCAAGUGCAGUUCUUGAAAGAUAAUAGCGAUAAGAUUCAGAAAAAAGCCCAGGAUUAUAUUGAUCAGAGUUCGUUGACAAUCGACCCAGAUUAUUGGAAAUCUUUUACGCCAUCGAAGAUUAUAGUUUCAUCACCAACAAAUGUAAAUGCUCCAGUCUCGAUGUAUUCGGAUCAAGAAACUUCAAGCUUGGUCACGAAAGAAAUGCUUCUGACGCCAAUAAUGGUGCCACAGUGGGAAAUGUUAGUGCCAUCUCUGCAGGAUGACCAAAUGGAUUACUCACGAGAAACAGGUGACAUGGAUGUAGCUGAAGAUAUUAUAUUUAGGCCUUUGUUUAGAUAUCGGCAGGAAACGCAGCAGCGGUCUAAAUAUUAUGAUGAAAACAACCGACGAUACAGUUACACACCGUAUCGCGGUUAUGAAAAUUAUUAUCCGAGACGGUCUUAUUUUUACAGACCUCGAUACGAUGAUUAUUAAAAAUGAAGAAGAUUAAGAUGAGCAGAGGGAGAAAGAGAAGUACAACUUACGCUUGGAUAGAUGGAAAA